AUGUCUCACAACGUGUAUACCGACGAGACACCCGCCGAGGUCAAGGUACAACACCAGGGACCCCAACUUGGAAAUGCAGACGCUAAAUGGGAUGAAAGAAUGCGAAAGGCCUCCACCUCCUCACCAUGAACACCCCAAACGGCCAAGCCGUCCAGAUCUUUCUCGAAGAGCUCAAGGAUGCCUAUGGCCUGGAGUGGACCACCACCCUCGUCGACAUCAUGACCAACGAGCAGAAGAAAGAUUGGUUCCUGCGUCUCGACCCGAACGGUAACCACAUCAUAUCCCAUCCGUCCCCCUGUCACGCUGAUCUGAGUCGCACGAUAUAGGCCGCAUCCCCGUGCUCGUCGACAACACCCAGAAUCCCCCAUUCACCAUACACGAAACCAGCGCCGAGCUCUUCUACCUCCUCAAAUUCGCCGACAAACAGGACAAAUUCGGUUUCACGAACGAUCUCGAACGAAACCAAGCCCUACAGUGGACCUUCUUCUGGCACGGUAGCGGUGCUCCCUACCAAGGUCAAGGUGAGACCCCCACAGCCAUGCUCGAACCAUAUCCAUCCAACCCACUCACCCCUUACUUCAGUCAACCACUUCACCCGCGCCGCGCCGGAGAAGAUCCCCUACGCCAUCACGCGAUUCCGCAACGAGACGUUGCGCGUCUUCGGAGUCCUUGAAAUCCAUCUCAGCGGCAAGUACACCGGCGAGCCCCGGGACUAUCUUGCCGGCAAUGGCAAGGGCAAGUACAGUAUUGCCGACAUCAAGACCUGGCCGUGGGUGAAGAACUGGGAACGCAGUGGCUUCACCAAGGAGGAAGUAGACCAAUUCCCUCAUCUCUUGAAAUGGAUCGAUCGUAUUGCGGAGAGACCGGCUGCACAGAGGGGUGUUGGCGAUGCGUACGCUUUGAAGAAGUGA